AUGGCUGAAGUGAAAAUGCUGUUCGCCCAACGUAGCCACGUUGAGGCAAGUGUGAAAAAGAUUCAAGAACAGAUCCGAUGUGACAGUGGUAUCCAACCUGAUUACUUGCGAGUGAAAAAGUUUGAACGUGAACUCCAGUGCCACUAUCAAGAAUACCAGAGAGUGUAUGGUGAACUUUUGUCAGCACUCCCAAACGACAAAUUCGAUGAAUUAGAUGAAGAUUACUGGCGCUUCGAAGAUACCCACAACGAAGCCUGUGUUCUGGUGGAAACCCUGUUGAUUUCCUGCCCGACCACCAGUGACAGGUUUAACAAGCGAAAGUCGUCAUCCAGCUGCUUUGUGGCGACCACUGUACCACACUGGCUCGGUCCUUCUCCUCGAAGAAGUCAGUCACCGAGUCCAACGACGGAACAGCCCGUUCCGAAUCCUGACGUGAUGGAGAGGCCACGCACGUCUUUGCCGAAAGAGAAAAUGGUGAGUACGAAUGUUACCAAUCCAAUCCAGACUGCGAAGCCGCGCUGCGGCGAAGAUUCCCCCAAGAAGAAGACGCCUUUGCAUGGACCGGCCGAGGUCCCAUCCGAGAGUGAUUUCGUCAAGGUCACUAUUCCUGAGUCGGCAGCCCUACCGGCCGAAGAAGCAGUCAAGCGUGAAGAAAAGGUGACAACCGUUGCAUUCGAGAAUCCUUCGACGAGCCAGGAGGACUUCCUUGUCGGCAACGAGCCAUCCAAGUUUGUCGACAUUCCAUCCGAAGAUCCCAAGACACCGACGUCAAGCAAAGCGCCCUCUGGAACCAACCCGGUGGUGAACCCGUUCCGAAUUCCAUUCAACCUAACUGGAGUACAUCCGAAGCUGACGAUUCCGAUUCCUACCGGAUUCCAUACGGUGCUAGAGCCGUUCCGACCGCCACCAGGAUUCCAUCCCAUGCCGAAGCGAAUCCCGAAGCCAACCGGAUUGCCUCCGGUGUCCCAGAGUCAGGCCGGAUCCCUCUCGGCACCACAGCCGCCCCAGUGCAAUGCCGGUUUCCUCCCGGCAUACCAGCAGCAACAGAGUCCGACCGGUCUCCUUCCGGUACCCCAACAGUUGCGGUCGGUAGCCCCAUCGCUCCAGUGUAAGGCCGGUUCCCUUCCAACAUUCCAACCGCAACAGAACCCGACCGGUGUCCUUCCGGUAUCCCAGAAGCUGCAGUUUGUGACCGAAUCCCGUUCGGUAACUCCGCAGUUCGAGUGUACAACCGGUUCCCAUCCGGAACUCCAACAUUUCCAGCGCGCGGUAGGAUCCAAUUCGGUAGCCAAUCCGAUCCUAAGGUCUACCGGAGCCUGCCUGGUGGUCGAUUCCGCCCUGAUGCCCGUCGAUACCCGUUCGGCGGCCAAGACAACCAAGAGUUCUACCGGUGCCCGUUCGGUGGAUAACUCCGCCAAGAUGUUCGUCGGUUCCAGUCCGACGGUCAAACCGAUCAAGAUGCCCAUCGGUGCCCGUCCGAUGGUCAAGUCCAACGAGAUGCCGGCGGGUUCCCGUCCGGUGGUCAAUUCCAUCCAGGUGUCUGCCGGUUCCUGUCCGGUGGAAAAGCCACUCCUGAUGUCCGCUGGUGCCAGUCCAGUGGGCAAGCCUAGCCUGCGUCCAUCAUCUAUCGGUACCAGUCCGGUAGUCAAGACAACCGUCGAUACCCGUUCGGCGGCCAAGAAAUCCAAGAUGUCUGCCGGCACCCGUCCGGUGGUCAAGUUGCACGAGAUACCUGCCGGUUCCCGUCCGGGGGUCGAAGCCAACCUGAUGCCCAUCGGUUCCUGUCCGAUGGUCAAGUCCUUUCAGAUGUCUGCCGGUUCCCGUCCGGUGGAUAAACCACUCCUGAUGUCCGCUGGUGCCAGUCCAGUGGCCAAGCCGAUCCUGCGCCCAACGUCUAUCGGUACCAGCCCGGUAGUCAAGCCAAGCGUCGAUACCCGUUCGGAGGCCAAGACGCCCAAGAUGUUUGCCGGUCCUCCUCCGGUAGUCACGCCGAUCCCGAUGUCCACUGGAACCAGUCCGGUGGGCAAUUGCGCUCCGAUGUCCGUCGGUUCCCGUCCGACGCUCAAACCGAAUCCGAUGUCCGCUGGAAGCAGUUCAGUAGACAAUUCCACCCUCAAGUCCGCCGAUUCCUGUCCGGCAAUCAAACCGAAGCUGAUGCCCAUCGGUGUCCGUCCGAUGGUCAAGUCUGUCCAGUUGUCCACCGGUUCCUGUCCGGUGGUCAAGCCACUAGCGAAACACAUUGGUACCAAUCCAGUGCGAAAGCGAGUUCUGACGUCCGCCGGUGCUCGUCCGGUGACGAAGUCCAUCAUGAUCGCCAUCGGUAUCCGUCCGGUGGUCAAGCUGUCCUCGAAGUCCGUCGGUACCUGCCCGAUGGCCAAGACGUUCCUGAAGCUCGUCGGCACCAGUCCGAUGAUCCAGCCCAAGCCGUUUCCGAAGUCCACUGGAACCAGUCUAGUGGUGAAGCCAAUCGUGACGUCCGCCGGUAACAGUACGGCAGCCAAGCCCUUCGUAGUGUCAGCCGGUCUCCGUCCGGUAACCAAGCUACCGCUGAAGUUCGCUGGAAGCCGUUCAGUGGACAAACCCGUCCCAAAGCCUGCCGAAACCCGUCCGGUGUCCGAGUCAAGCCUGAUGUCAACCGGCACUCCUACGGAGAACCCUCCGGUGCUCUUUCCUGUGAUACCAGCCGGCAUCCCGCGAAUUGCGAAGCCUAUUCCGAAGAUUGCGACGUGUCCAACCAAGAAGUUACCUCCAACGACAGCCGGAAUCCGUCCGGCACCCAAGCGAAUCCAGAGCCUAGAAAAACAAAUCUCAAGCCCGAAGAUAACCGGAACCCGCUCGGUAGUGAGAGAACCUCCGGAGAAGAAGAUGUGGAUCGUGGUGUUCUCGACGGUGAACCAUCCACCACUGGAUCCGCCGCCGGUCAGCCCGACAGGUGAAUGCAAGCAGCUCCAUUCCGACCCAAGGCCGAGGAAGCCGCCCGAUGGACCAUCCAAGCGAUCCCGACCCAGCGAAGCCAUCUCAGAGCGCAUGUCCCGAACGCGUCCACCGAACGACCCGAAAGACGAGCCAGACGCCACAGCUUCUUGGCCCGACGCGGUGAAGCGCAGCCACCGGGGGGAGCCGGCAAUUAGCCAGAGUCUGCAGGACACGAUUGGCUUGAUAGGGAAGGAAGCCAAGGUUCCUGUUAGCUUUGGUACGCUUCAGGAAACUGAUCGCUCGGUUACAGAGUGUAAGCGCUAG